AUACACAACCCUAUUUUCCGUUACAUGUGCAAUUAUAAAUCUAAAAAUAACUUUGCAUGAAACGUUUUCAUUAUUAUUGUUAUUUUUUUAAAUAAGCCCCUGCGAUAAUUAACCAUUAAUUUUGUAUUAUACUAAUUCUAUAUGAACAUGGCGGAGUGGAAUGUUCGUGUCAAUAUUAUAAUCCCUUCUUCUGUGAAAUGUUGCUUCCACUCCGUGGCCAUCAGAUUAGGCAUUAAACAUGCACACUUUCUCUGUAAAAUAACAAGAAUUUAACAACAAAAUCUUUGGGGUUAAAGUCAUAUCUACGUUUGACAAAUGUCCUAACGCCUCAUGUACUUUAACAUAAUCUCUUAUUGCCACAUAUAAUGUGGCCUAACAUAGUCGUAUACUCGUGUAUAUGGCACCAAAUUUUAGCUUAACUAUAUAUUAACAAAAAGGUUAUAACUCCCGUUAGUGGGGUUCUAAAAAUGUCACGGUGGUGUUCAAAGGCUACUUGUGCCACUUUCUCAUUUCUAGAAGAAGAUUUGCAUUUACUGGGUGGAUCCGCUUAUAACAUAGACAAAGAGAAACACGUCUCUAUGCACCCCCUUAAAUGAUUCCUUUUUUUAAAUAAAAAAUCUACGUUUUGGGAAAGAAAAAUAACAUUGCGAAAAGUGAAAACUAUCACAGAUUUUGAGAUACAGCUAUAAGUCUAUAAGAGUGCACUUCCACCUUAGGUUCAUAGCACUCCCUUCUUCUCCGCCUCUUCGUUGGUUUUCGUUACAAAAAGAAGAUGAAGCAAGAGGAGCAAGAAAGGGAAGAUUUGUAUCACACAGAUGACGAUGAGGACGAAGAAAGCCAAGCCUAUAGCUCUGUUCCGUCGACUCCUUUAUCUCGUAACGACUCCAAUAACGAUGCCGUUCCAUGGCCUCGGAGUUAUCGACAAUCUAUGGAUUUGUUGACUGGAGUUACACCUCCUAUUAGCACAAAUCUUGUGUCUUCAUUUCGCAAGCGGAGACAAAGCUCUGCUUUUGGUUCAUUUGCUUCUUCCUCAAGCAAACAGUCACUUCUCAUCGACAAAGAUGAGACUCAAAACUCUAUUGUAACAGCGAUCAAAUCAUUUAUUGAUUCUCACCUCAAGCUAUCAGUCCCGGAUGAUCUUUCGAUUCCACAAGAAAACCGCAAGUGCACUAUAUCUCAGUCCGUAAUAAACGGAGUCAAUGUUCUAUGUGGAGGAGCUUUACUUACAAUGCCUUAUGCAUUGAAAGAAGGAGGGUGGUUAGGGCUUCUCAUACUCUUCUCCUUUGGCGUCAUCACUCUCUACACAGGUAUUCUCCUCAAGAGAUGUCUCGAGAAUUCACCUGGAAUCCACACUUACCCGGACAUCGGUCAAGCUGCAUUCGGCACCACUGGACGCAUACUCCUCUCUAUAUUUCUCUACAUGGACUUAUACGCAACUUGUGUGGAAUACAUAAUAAUGAUGAGUGAUAAUAUGUCAGGGAUGUUCCCAAAUACCUCCUUAUACAUUGCUGGAAUAUCUCUAAACUCGAAUCAAGUUUUUGCCGUUACCACCACUCUUAUCGUUCUUCCGACUGUUUGGCUUAGAGACCUUAGCUUAUUGUCCUAUAUAUCAGCCGGAGGUGUAUUCUCUUCAAUCUUGCUAGCCCUUUGCCUCUUUUGGGUCGGAUCUGUAGGCGGAGUUGGAUUUCAACUUCAAGGACAAGUUCUUGAUUUAACUAACCUACCUGUCGCUAUCGGAAUUUAUGGGUUUGGUUUUGGGGGUCACGCUGUUUUACCCAACAUUUACUCAUCCAUGAAAGAGCCUUCCAAGUUUCCACUGGUGCUUCUCAUGAGUUUUGGGUUUUGCACGCUGUUUUAUAUCGCUAUAUCGGUUUGUGGAUACACGAUGUUUGGUGAGGCGAUACAAUCACAGUUCACGUUGAACAUGCCUCAAUAUUUCACCUCAUCUAAAAUCGCGGUUUGGACAGCAGUUAUUACGCCAAUGACAAAAUACCCUUUGACGCUCACUCCAGUCUUGCUAAGCCUGGAAGAACUCUUACCUUCUUCGUCAAGAAAGAUGAGAUCCAAAGGUGUCUCUAUGAUUAUCAGAACCAUCUUAGUUCUCUCUACUUUGGUCGUCGCACUCACAGUCCCAUUCUUCGCUACUGUCGCGGCUCUGAUCGGAUCUUUCGUCGCAAUGCUUAUCGCCGUAAUAUUCCCGUGUCUCUGUUAUCUAAAGAUUAUGAAGGGUAGAUUAACUAACUUUCACAUGGCGAUUUGUGUACUCAUCAUUAUCGUCGGCGUUGUGAGCGGGGUCUGCGGAACUUACUCUGCUAUUGUCAGAUUAAUCGCCGAAAUGACUUGACUGGUUUUGCGGGAUAAGGAGCAUAUUCUUUCUUGAGAGAACUUCAACCAAGUUUUUAUUUUUAAUAUUUGCUACUAGUUUUCUUUCAUCCAAGCGUUAUUUCACAGUGUCGCGGCUUAAGGUAUCUACAGAUUAUUUUUUUUUGUUGUAACACCGGUAUCUAUGGAUUAUACACUAUAUUACGUUCUUUAUUUUAGAAAAAGGGCUUACUAUACUAUAUAUAGUGCUGGGCAAAACCAUAAUCUGAUGUGGAAAUAUAUCUCCAAAUACCAUAUGCUUAUCUAAAAUUGACCAGUGACAUUUUGGGUAGAUUAUAAAAACGAUGGAUACGUCUAAACUCGCAGUGACCAUACACAAAUACUUUCUCGAAGCUCGAUCUUAUUUGCUAAAUAAUUGAACCGGAUGAAUGGUAGCUUCUCUUCUUCUUUUUUUUUUUAAACAUUAGUAGCUUCUCUUCUUCCAAGUCUAGUAUCAACUCCAACACAAGACACGGCUCAAGGAUUUUACACUUGUGAUUCAGCAUGUGGCCUUAACCCAGCAGGUUGACUUGUACGAUAAUAAACAAAGAAAAAUAAUUCGUACGUUAUCUACAAAGUCAAUCGUACCGAGAGUUUAGUUGCGGUGGAACAUGAAAAUAGUCAAAUGCUGAAAAUGUACGUCGAGAUAGAUGAGUUAGCGUAUGCGUAUCAAUUAAAAUUAAAUGUGAAGCAACAAACAACUAAAUGAAUAGUUUCAUGUUACUGUUUUCCUAAUUAUGUUUUUAAACCAUUAAUAACGGUCACCGACUAGUUGAUAACUUGAUAUGUACGCAAUACUAAUAAUUAUGCAUAUAUCAACUUAGAACGCAUUUUUCUUAGAUAAAAUAAUAUUUUUUCUAACAAACUCAAAGUCGACCGCUGUUUGAAGUAAUGUGGGGGUUUCGAUUGUACAUAGGAAAACACCAAACUAGUGCUGGGUGUCAAGUGGUACGGACGAAGUGAGAUCUAAGUAUUUCUUUGCUUCCAAAAUUACCCGAAAAUACUAAUUGCACAUUUGCACAUGCAUUUCUCUUUACUAUUUUCUCGUAAAUUAACGGGUACUGAUACUUAAUCAACAACAUGGAUUAAAAAAUUAACUCACAUGUAGUACAAUUUAUUAAGUGUCGUCUAAUGCGAUAGAUUAUUAGUCUCUAAUAGUUUUUUUGGUAUAGGAUGGGAUUACAAAUUUACAGAUUUACAUCUAAUUCAUACGAUAUAUGUGUAAACAGUGUAAUUAAAAUACAGUUUGACAAAUCGACUAAAACCCAACAAAAUUGUGAAAACAUAUCGUAGUUAGAGAUAUACAUAUUUAUACUUACGUUCCUUGAGAUCAAUUUUUUAUAGAACUAUUUCUCAAAAAAAAAAAUUUUAUAGAACUAAAAAAUAUGAGCUAUUGACAAUAAAUCUAGCCACAUGGAUAUAGUGGUCGAAUAUUUUAAAAUUUUAUAUAAAGUUAUAUGAUAUAUAUAUAUAUAUCGUUUUAGUUGUCAAUAUAACUCGUUUUAGUAUAUAUUUUAUAUGAUGUAAUAUUCUCUAUUUUUUUCUUUAUGCAGUUAUGUAUCAGUAUGAAUUUAAAAACAUCUAUUUUUUUCUUUAUACACCACAUUUUGAACAAACAUGCAUGCAUACUUUUUUUUUUUUGAAAACGGUCUACAACAUGCAUACAUAGUAUCCUUACAACCAAUGAAACACAUUUAUAACAUGCAUACGUAUUUUCUUUAUUACCGUUUCUGACGAUACAACAUACAUACAUAUUGGAUCGGAUCGGAGGGUUUAAUUCAUGUGAGAUUUCCAAUUUGUCACCCAACUUGCAAAUUGACCAAAGGAAAAUGCAUCAGGUGCCCAUGUGCGCACCAUGUGUGUAUGCUAUCAUUUUGCUUAUGUAUUAUAAUAAAAAUAUUAUUAACUGACUAACAAUGAAUACAAAAUGUUGCAUUUGAGUGAUGUUUGGUAUUUAUCGUAAAUACCAAAAUAACAAUAGUAGCAACUGACUAACAAUGUAUUGUUAGUCGAUGUUACUUCUUAGCUAGAUAUCACAAAAUAACAAUGAGAUUGCAUUUAUUAAUUUGAGAAAACAAUCCCCAAAACUUCAAAUAAACUGCAUUCUACAAAACAGUUAUCAGUUUUAGCGAAUUCGCCAUAUUAAUACCACCUUUGAUUAAGUCUGACUCAGUUCUAUCCCUUUUGGUUGUCAAAAGAAAAAAACUAUACCGAUUACUGAGAAAAAAAAAACUAUACCACCUUUGGUUGAUUAGAUAAUCAGUUAAGGUCAGUCUGACGCAGUUAUAAGAGCACCAUUAACGGGGUCUUUUAAGCCCGUCUCUUAGUGUUUUCAGAAUUAAAAAAAAGGAAAAAUAGCAAUUACCUGAAACUACGUCUCUUAAUCAAGCAAAAGAAGAGACGUCUCUUCUCGCUCUCUCUAUCGUGAAGAAAGAAGAAAGAAGAAGCCAUGGCAGGAGUAGGACUUUUCUGGUGUAAUCUCUUCAUCUCCUUUCCUCUGUAAAUCCUCCCAGAUGUUGAUGAUUUCUACUCUCAAUGCGAUCCGGAGAAGGAGAAUUUGUGUUUGUGUGGACAUCCGAAUGAGUCGUGGGAAGUGAAUCUACCGGCGGAGGAAGACGGUCGCGAAAUCUCUGUUUCCGAAACGAAGACAGCCGCUCCCUCCUCCUUGUCUCAGCUUCGUUCGGUCAUUCGCAGAUAGUGAAGUUGCUAUCAAGUGUAGAUGAAUCAAAGACUGUAAUCAAUAGUAAGGAUGAUGAAGGAUGGGCUCCUCUACAUUCUGCUGCUAGCAUAGGCAAUGCAGAGCUCGUUGAAAUCUUAUUGACUAGAGGUGCUGAUGUGAAUGUCAAAAAACAAUGGUGGUGGCACUGCUCUUCAUUAUGCUGCUAGCAAGGGAUGGUUGGAAAUCGCUCAGCUUUAUUUUAAAUCAGAUGAACGUGUGCCUACUGAGUUGAAGAAAGCAAUCAUGCAAGCCCGAGGGGAGAAGAAGCUCACCCAUUCCAAACUCGCUCAAGUACACUACUUCUCUCUUCACUCUGUCUCUUUUUUUUCUGAGUUUAAUAGUAUCCAUUGGUCUUAUAUACUCUAAAACGUGAAAUCAUGCUCCUCCCUGAUUCUUAUAUACUCAACUAAACUCUUGUAAGGUUGAUGUAGUGUUGGAUUUGCGAUGUAAAGAGUUUGUAUACUGAUUUGAUUUGCAAUGUUAAAAUUUUUGUUUUUAAGAAACCCUAAAUAAGAAAUUAGCAUUGGAGUGAAAAAUCAAUGUGUCUCUUAACUAAAGUUUUUAAUUACAUUUAAUUAUUAAAAUAUUCAUUAAGAGACUCAAAUGGGUUUGUGGGUUAAUGAUGCUCUAAUCCUCUUUGGGCUAAUACGGCUACUAUUCCCGAUGGAACUACAAUUUCAGCAAAAUAUUUGAAGUUACUUUUUCAGACUUGAGUCCGUAACUUUUUUUUAACCUAACGAAUAAGUAAAAUUUUGAUGACGAAAAGGGUCAGAAGAUUUUUCUUUAUUGCUUUACAGAAAGCCAGAAACAAGAAUAAGUACCAAAAAUGGAAUAGCUAAUGCCACAGAUGAUUUCAAACUUCAAAGAAAAAUGGAACAUAAUGUUCCGAAAGAAAAAAGGAACAAUUAUAAUUUUGUAAGGUAGUUUUUCGUAUUUCCUUAGAUAAUUUUAAAAUAUAAUUAUACUUUCAGAUAAACAUAUAAUUAUCACGAAAUAAUCAUUUGAUGUUUUCACAUAUCUUUUAUAACUCUUAAAGAAACACUGUGCACUAAUUUAAAUAUAUAAGUGAUGAAAUAUGCACAUAUACACGAUUAUUACGUCGGGAUCUAACCUAUACUAAAAGGAGAAUAUAUUGAUCAGAUAGCCUGUCCACGUCAGCUCUAAAAAUCUACCAAUAGUGUCAUCUGUUUUUGCCACGUAAGACACAAAAUUAGUAUUCACGAGCGUCGAUUCCUUUGGUCUUCUUCUUCGUCGUUUCCUCUUCUCCCUAACCGAUCAACCCUAAUAAACAUCUCUAACUCUUCUGCAAUCAAACCUCCACUAACCUCAUUAAUGGCAUUGUUUCGCCUUCAUUCCUCUGUAAUUUUUCAUAAUACUCUUCUUUGGAGUUUAAUCUCAAUCAAAACUUUUUGUGCUCUCUACGAUGAAUCCCAACGGCGAAUCCCCUGUUUCCGGCGAUCUUAUCUCCAAGAAACCAAACGGAAAGGACGGUGUCUCUUCCGACGAACCGAUCAAAUGUACUGGCCAAAACGUGGUCUCUUCCGCCAAAGCUGUCUCUGGCGAUCCUCUGUCAAAGAAACCAAACGGCAAGGCCGUUGUCUCCUCCGCCGAGCCCAUCACACAUAGCAGCGGAACCGGUGUCCCUAAAUCUCAGCCUAUAUCUUCAUGGUGGUGAUUUGAUCAAGUGGGUCAAGGCAAGGAUCUGGUUAUACGUUGUAAUCGAUAUAGCUGAAGGAUCGAUUGAAGAUUGUCGAACGCGUUAUAAUGGUGAUGCAGACCAGCACCAAGUCGUAAGAAGUUCAGCUUUCCUCCCGUUUAUUAUGUGGGGAUUGUUUUGAGGUAGAACUAGACAAGAUUCUCGAAGAGGAUGCCCCUAUUGUUAUCUGCAGUUGCCAGGUUUUAAAUGUUUCAUUUAGCUGUUUCUGCUCAAGAUAACAUGGUUGGUGAGGUUGUUCCAAGAUAGUUAUUACAGACUGAUAGAUAUGUUGAAGUUUGUUUUAUGCGUUUGGUGGAAUGAGGUGAAUGGUGUAGUUAAAGAUACUAAAGUAUUGUUUAAAUUGUAGUUUGAUAUGCAAUACUCAUGGACUACUGAGGCACGUGCACGACGGGCUUUGGCAAUGUCUCAGCUCUUCUUCUGAGGCGUCUUUAUCGGAACAAUGCCUGACGCCAAUGUUAUCAUUAAAAAACUCCGACGAGGUUUCUUUUUUUUCCUUUGCUUAACCUUCUGAUGUUAUAAACAUUGAGUUGUGAUUCACGGCUUCACACUGAUCUUAUUAUACACAUGGAGUUUCUCAAAAGAAAUUCAAAUCUAGCAGCCCCUUUGGUAUCGAAUACGUCUUUCACCUUGAGGUACUUAAAUUUCUUGAAUUCACUUGGUAGUCUACCGCAGAAACUGAAGCAUUGUAGAAUAAGCUUUAGAGGUACUAAAAAGUAAAAUGUAACAAUCCGAACUUUAAUGAUAGGAUGCUGUUGAUUGCCCUGAAUGGAUUGUCCUUUAACAUCUUCAAGUCUUUAGCCGAAGAAGUAAAAAUAUAUUCCUCCUCUCUAUGUUCAAGUGUUUGUACAUUAUGUAUCAUUCAGGUUGACAUUAUCCCAUGAACAGUAUGAUCUAGAGUUAGUGUUUAUGAAGAACUCACACGAGGUUGUCCAUGAGUAUAUGAAAAAAAGAGUUCGUUAAACUCAUGAGAAGGCUUGGUGCUUUGGGUGAUGGUAACCAAGACCAGAAGAUUAUAAGAUUCAAGGGCCAAUUGAAUCACAAAAAUAGCAAAAUCUGCAAAGAGUUCUAGAAGAAAAACGAAGGAGUGUAUUAAGAUAACUGUUAUCUUAAAAACACAAGAGAUGUUACGGUGGAUGGAGAACGGUGUUUCCAAAUCCAACGACACCAAGAAAACGGGACGUCAAAGGAGACGUGAUGGUGAUCAAAAGAAGACACCAAGCAAGAAAGGAGGCUGCUUACCUAAGAGAAAAAAGGGAGCGGGAACCGAAUAAGACGUGAGGAAGAUCACGCAUGUCACAAGAUGGGAAACAGUUAUAGAGAUAACCGAAGAAGACGAUGGAGGGAACAUUGCAACAAAUGAUUCCUAUUUCCGAUAGGGAUGAGUACGAUUUGUGGCGUACAGAUGACGAGCAUCUUCAGACCAGAAAACUGGGAACGGUUGUGGAACAAAGGAUUCCGAUCGACCGUUGAUGUGAUGUAUGUAAGAAAAUACACAAUCACAUGAAAGCCUACUGUUGAAAAAGACAAAGUAAGGCGAAUCAGCACUAAUGAGAGUGGUGUGGAGUCUUUCGUUAAAGACGACUACACAGGAGAUGCUGCAUGUUGGAAGAAACAGAGAAAGCCUACUCGGCACAAGAAGGAUAUGCUUACCUAUAAGUGAAAGGAAGUAUUAGUGAUUGUAGAGACAACCGGAGAGGACGUAAAAAAUAUUCACGCACAACAAAAAAAAAAUUUAAGGAAGAUGUAGAAGAUUAGCGGGAAAAAGGACCCUAAGAGUCACUACAUCAAGAAGAAAAAAAAACAAUUGACAAGAGAGUGUCAGUUGUGCAACAAAGAAGAAGGUAAGAGAAUUACCUGUAUGGUGAACGAGAGUCAUCAAAGAAAGUGUAGAGGCUGAGGAGGAUGGACAGAGUUUCCAUUCGCAACCAUCUGCAAAAGAAAAGGAACUGUGGUUAUGAAAGCGAUGCUCAAGGAUUUGGCUAAGGAGAAAUCAAGAUCAAAUUUGUGCUAGAUGAUAUUGAGAAACCAAAGAGACUACGGUUUAGGCCAAGUUGAUGGUUGUGUAAAACCAAACAAACACAGGUAAAGAAGACCAAGGUAAGGUUCGGAAAACCAAGAAGACCAAGGUUAGAGAAGACCGAGUGGAUGGUCAAGAGAAGAUAAAAGAACUACGGUGAAAAAUCCGAGGUGAUGGUUCAAAAUUAGUGUGGCACAAAUUGAUAUCAAAGAAGAUUAAAACCAAAGAAGAAAGGCAAACGCAUGAAGUUGAAAAUUAGAGCACCAAGUUAUGAAGAUCAAAAAAGGAUCAUUGGUUUAAGACCGAAACUCAAUUAAGGGGGAGUGUUAGUUUAUAAUUGAGUUUGGUAUGAUUACAUAAUUAAAUUAUAAAGUAACUGUAAACCUAAUGGGUGCGUUUGUAAAGUCGUGACGUGUGGGAAAAGUCAGAAGUAGUGUCUUACGGUUACGUAAAAAGUCUAUUUAUCAGCUUAUGAAUGGGACGCUGCAUAUCUAUACCUAUCUUUUGUCUUGAGGAAGAGAGGAGAAUCUGAUGGAGGUCAGAGGAGAGUAGGGAAGAGGAAGAAUGGGAAAAUGAAUUUAUCUAAAGACGAUGUUUUAUAUAUUGACAACGAAAGUGUAAAAGAGUGUAACUUUACUCAACAGAGAGUGUCUUAAGACUCUGUUUUCA